AUGGUUGUAAUUUCUCUAACUGGAUUCCAGAUCAAGUCAAUGAUUGCAUUCUGGAAUGAUAUCUGGAAAGGAAAUUAUCCUCUGUCUAUAUCUUUCCCAUCUCUCUACAAACUUUCAAUGAACAGAGAUGCAAAGAUGGUUGAUAUGAUCUCUACAGAUGGCAGUUGGAUGUUCAAUUUUAAACGUAAUCUCGUGAGUGCAGAAGUUAACUCUUUGGCAGAAUUGUUGGUGCUGAUUGGAAGUAACCCACCAGCUCUGGAUGAACUUCCAGAUACAAGGCGUUGGACGUUAAACAGCUCUGAUAUUUUCACAGUAAAAUCUCUUUAUUCUAAUCUCACCUCAGACUUUGGCAUCCCUGAUUUCCCACACAAUUUUGUAUGGAAUAGUUCUAUACCUCCUAAGAUCAAUUUCCUAGUGUGGUGUUUAAUCCAUGACAAGCUAAACACCCUGGAUGUGAUGCAGAUAAAAGGCAUUGAUAUUUAUAACUCCUGUGUUCUAUGCGGCGACGACACUGAAUCCCAGGAACACAUCUUCCUGCAUUGUAAGAUAGCUCAUAGGGUUUGGUCUUCGGUGUUACCAAAAGAGGGUUGGUCUUGGGCAAUUCCAAGAAAUAUGCAGAUGCUUGCUCUAGGAUGGAACCAAGUUCAUUUCACCACUGCAGGAAAAUUUCUCUGGGAUCUAAUUCCAGCAGCAGUAAUCUAUACCAUUUGGUCAGAACGUAACAGGCGCAUCUUUGAGAUGAACUACAACUUCAAGACAGACUCCGAUCUUUGUAUAGAAGCAAAGUCAUUGAUCCUUGCUUGGGCGAGUGCUUCAGGACAACGUAUCCAGAAUUUCUCUAGCACCAUUUUUAAUAACUGGGAUGCUCUCUUCAUGUAA